UUCUCUGCUUCAUAACUCCCAACAAAAUAAAAAACACAAACAUAACUUAGCCAAACAUACAAAAAUACUUUUAAUUCGAACAAUUUUAAACAAACCACUUGUUCUCAGACUCAGAGUUACCUUACCUAGUGAGGAGAUCAUUGGAUUUUUUUAACAGUGGUUCACCUUUUAUAAGUUGAACCGGAUUUAUUUAUUUUUAUUUUACCGGUGAACUAGUGUCCUAAUGGAUAACAACGAUGAGGUCAUUCUGGCGGAGACGAGGCCGAAGAAGCGUGCGGGACGGAUAGUGUUCAAGGAGACACGUCACCCAGUUUACAGAGGCAUACGGCGGAGGAACGGUGACAAAUGGGUCUGCGAAAUCCGAGAGCCGACGCACCAACGCCGCAUUUGGCUAGGGACUUAUCCCACGGCGGAGAUGGCGGCGCGUGCACACGACGUGGCGGCUUAUGCUCUGCGCGGGAGAUCCGCGUGUUUGAAUUUCGCCGACUCCGCCUGGCGGCUUCCGGUGCCGGAAUCAAUUGAUCCAGACGUCAUAAGGAGAGUGGCAGCGGACGCAGCAGAGAUGUUCCGGCCGUCGGAGUUCGAUAGUGGGAUUACUGUUUUGCCCUCUUAUAGCAACAAUGAGGUGUAUUUGGGCUCUGGUUCACGUUCGGGAUGGGAAGAGAGGAAUAUGUAUGGAUAUGUGGAGGAAGAAGAAGUCUCGACGACGAUGAUGAGACUGGCGUCUGAGCCGCUAAUGUCGCCGCCGCGAUCUUAUGUGGAAGGGGAAGGCAUGACGACUUCGAAUGUUUACAUGGGAGAAGAGAUGUGUUAUGAAGACACGUCAUUGUGGAGUUACAGUUAUUGAAGUGGGACGACGCACAUUGAUUACGUUAUAUUUAAAUGUAUACUAAUCAAACGUGUGCAAUAGUAUGCGAGUUGUUUUUUUUUUGAGCAAAUAGUAUGCGAGUUGUUAGUAAGUUCCUUGAUGGAAUAAUUUUGUAUUGUUUAGUAUAACAAGAUCUUAUAAAAUGAUAUCUACAUAAUCCGUAAUGGUUA